AUGUCAAUUGAGCUUGGGCUAUCUCGUGUCAGGAAGCUUCUCAAGCUUCUUCCAAAAGCAGGCAAACUUAAGUGUGUUCAUGUGGCUGGCACUAAUGGCAAGGGAUCUACAUUGGCUUACGUUUCUUCCAUUUUGAACGAGGCUAACAUACGCCAUGGCCGUUUCACUUCUCCACAUACUAUGCUGGUGAACGAUUGCGUUACGAUUAAUAGGCAGGUAUUACCUAUGGACUCCUUUAAGAAGGCGAAGAAAGAGGUUCAAGAGCAUAAUGAUGAUAAUGGCAUUGGAUGCACUGAGUUUGAGAUCUUGACCUGUGCGGUCUACAUGAUAUUUGCAAUGGAGCAUUUGGAAUUGUCCCUUAUAGAAGUUGGGCUUGGGGGAAGACUAGACGCUACAAAUAUACUCAAUGAAGAUGAAGUACUUGUGAGUGCCAUCACGAAAGUUGGCAUUGACCAUGAGUCUUUCCUUGGAGAUACUAUCUCGCAAAUCGCCAAAGAGAAGGCAGGCAUUAUAAAGAAAGGGGUAGACUGUGUGGUUGACCUGACAAAUAAUAAGGAAGCGUUGCAGGCAAUUAGAGAAAAGGCUAGCCAUGAAGGAAGCCCAUUGCAUGAAGUGAGUUCGUCACCGUUGACAAGAAAGCUCAUAGAACUCUCGCCCUUGAAGGGCAAAUACCAAGAGCAGAACUUAGCAGUGGCGCUAGAAAUUGUAUCGCUCCUCAAAGAGAAGCAUUCAUUCAAGAUAUCAGAUGAAGCUAUAAAGAGAGGUAUCACCAAGACUAGCUGGCCAGGCAGACUACAAACUGUUAAGGAUCCCAAGACGGGCAUCGAAGUACUAAUUGAUGGCGCCCAUAACGAAAGUGCUGCCAUUGAGUUAGCAGCUUUCCUCGAAAGCUACCGUGAUGGAGACAAGGGUAUCAUAUUUGUGGUUGCACUCACGAAAGGCAAGUCCGUGGAAAACCUCCUCAAGCAUAUCGUCAAGGCUGAUAAAGAUACAAUUAUCCCCACUGAGUUUCUGCCGCCAGAAGACAUGCCCUGGGUGAAGUGCUACGAUACUGAGUACUUGGCCCAGGAAGCAAAGAAGUAUGCCAAUUUAGGUGCAACCGAUAUCGCAAACCCCCAAGACCUUUUUGCACAUUUACAGCUGCUCAAACAACAAGGCGAUGACCGCAAAAUUGUCGUUUGCGGUAGUCUUUAUCUUUGUGCUGAUAUACUACGAGCCAUUGACUACGCUCCUACCAUAUAG